CUAUUACUUUUGAUAUGUGGACUUCUUAAAAAUGGUAAGUCUGUUAUGGUCUUGUUUCAUAUUUUAAUUUUUUCAGGUUAUCAAGCUGUACCGCAGCAUCAUCCAGUGACUUUCCAACAAGGUCCAAGUCACUACCCUCGACCGUCAAUUGCGACUUGCCGAAAUUAUUUUACUCAUGUACAUGCAUUAACUAAAUUGCGUCGGAAUUUUAUAGCUGUAGCAAAUAAUUUGCAACAACGCCGAGCAGGUUAUGAAAUCAGUGGAGGUGCCGUAAUUCGUGGUAGCGGCGUACAUCAGGGCAGCGUUCCAUCGGUAAGUAUCGCACAUCAAGGCAUGCAGCAGUCUGGAACUGCUUCUGGUGAUGGACCGCAUAGUAUUGCUCAAGGCAUUACGCCUUUGGUUACUUCACUUACACCACAUUAUUCUCUGUCGCCUUCUCAGGAUAUGCCACUGCGAAUUGUUGUUGAUGCAAAAUAUGUGGGAGCCAUUAUUGGUCAGGGUGGAGCUAGCAUUCGAGAGAUUAUGAAGGAAUCCAAAGCACGUUGUGUCGUAGAUGUUCAGAGGAAUACUGAAAAGGUUUUUAUCUUAUCAUUUAUAGUUAUAUCGAUACUGGGGCAACCAGAAGGAUGUUCCAAAGCAUGCGUGAAGAUUUUAGAAAUUGUAAGAAAGGAGAUGGAAAAAGAUAAUACCUUACCACAACAUUGUGAUGUCGAAUUAAAAAUCCGAGCUCAUAAUCAGUUGGUAGGGCGCUUGAUUGGAAGAGGUGGAGCUACAAUCAAAAAAAUUAUGGAAGAAACUGGCGCUCAUAUAUUUGUGUCAAAUGAUCCAACUUUCAUCCGUGACUCUUACGGCUUAAUGUCGCCGUACGUUGCUUCAUCUUUAUAUGGAUCUGAUGUAGCUAUGUACAUGGAGCGAACGGUAACCGUGAAAGCUUCUACAAUGAAUGUUGUCUCUGCAGCAGAGCAAAAAAUAAGUCAAAAAUUACGCACUUGCUUUAAAUCCGAUGUAAAUAGCCGGAUGUUGUACUCAAGUACGAGUGCUACAGCAACAGUGCCGUUAAUGGCUUCAAUUGGUGAAGCGGGUUAUUUGAAUAAUGCAAGUGGUUUAUCUCCUCAUUACAUUCGUAAUGUAGUUGGAACAGCGAAUGUUGGCAGUCAGAAUCGAACUGUUCACGUAUGGGUGCCAAAUAAUAUGGUCGGUGCACUUAUUGGCGCAAAGGGUGCUCAUAUUCGUAGUGCAAUAAGAUUGACAGGCGCUCAACUUCGCAUUGAAGGUGGCGCAAAUAAAGAGAAAAAGGAAAAUAAAGAAGAAGGAAAUAAUGACAAGAAUGAGGAAAAUAUUGAUGCCACUGAAUUAUUAAAGACAGAAGUAGCUGAAGUUAGUAGCAACGGCAAUGAACAAAAUAAAGAUGAGGAAAAUAGUGAACCAAAAGAGGAUGAAAAAAAAGAGGAAAAUGUAGAAAAAGCAGAAUCACUAAAAUUACCGAAGGAUAAAGACAAAGACCCUCAUAUUGAGGAGCGCCUUGUUAUUAUUACUGGUAAUGAUCCUCAACAAUAUAAAGCGCAGUUUUGGAUAUAUCAACGCAUUGCUGAACAAAGCUACCAUUCUAUGGAUGACAUUCGACUUUGUACUGAAAUAGCUGUGCCUAGUAAACUUGUUGGACGAAUUAUUGGAAAAAGAGGUCAAAACGUUCGCGAACUUCAGCGGGCAACUGGCGCUCAAGUUAAGAUUCCUGAAGAUGCAGGGGAAGACGAAACUCAGAAAGCAACUACAGUUCGUGUAAUUGGUAAUUUUCAAUCAUCUCAAGCAGUACAAGUGAAGUUAAGCCAGUUAAUCAAUGACUUCUCACAGCGAUUAAAUGUUGGGCCGGUCAAUGGACGAACCGAUCCUAAUACUCAGGGUAUGUACAGAAGCUCUGCAUAG